UCGCGUGCAUAUAAAUCUAGUUUCAACUAAUUCAACAACCUUUCACAAAUACGGAGUAUGACAUUUGUGCUCAUUAGUCUAGUAAAUUUGCACGACCAAAUUUUCUAUGAAAAACGUAAAAGUCAAACUGUUAGCAUGUAUAUGUCCGUCUAGAUCUGAGUCAUCAGACAGUUGAUGAAGUGUUACUUAAAAAUAAAAAAUAAAUAAAUAAAACAUUGUUCCUUUGGUGUUCCUCCCUCUCUUUCUCUUUCUUCCUUUAAAACGUACUCUUGACUUCUCCAUUGAAGCGACUUCACAAGUUUCUCUUCUCAAUUGAAGCAGUGUUUGAGAAUGAACCAAGAACAGCGUAACUUGAUUUUACAAUCUGCCUCCAACUUCCCACCACCCAAAGGGGUGAAAUUAUCGUAUGGAACAGCAGGGUUUAGAGCAGAUGCAACCCUUUUGAGAUCAACAAUGUAUAGGGUUGGAAUCUUGGCUGGUUUAAGAUCCCUUAAAACUCAAUCAUUGAUUGGGUUGAUGAUCACAGCUUCCCAUAAUAAGGUUUCUGAUAAUGGUGUCAAAAUUGCUGAUCCAAAUGGUGGAAUGUUGUCUCAGAAUUGGGAACCUUUUGCUGAUUAUAUAGCCAAUGCUGCUGAUCCUCUUCAACUUCUUCAGCUUAUUGAAGAAUUUGUGAGGAAGGAGAACAUCUCAUUUGACAAUGCCCGUUCAGCAGAGAUCUUGCUGGGAAGGGACACCCGGCCCAGUGGAGAGUCUCUCCUUGAAGCUGCAAAGCAAGGAAUCAGCUCUAUAAUCGGUGCAAUUUACCAUGAUAUGGGAAUUUUAACCACCCCACAAUUACAUUGGAUGGUCCGUGCUAGAAACAUGGGUAUGAAUUCAACAGAGCAGGAUUACUUUGAGCAACUCUCACAUUCCUACAGGUGUUUAGUUGAAUUGAUCCCAGAGGGGAAUAAAGGGAGAAAAUCCAAUGAUAAAGUGGUAGUUGAUGGGGCUAAUGGUGUAGGAGGUGAUAAACUUGAAGUUUUGAAAGACAUGUGCGGUGGUCUAUCAAUAGAAGUAAGAAAUUCCAGCAAAGGAGAAGGUGUUCUGAAUGAAGGAGUUGGAGCUGAUUUUGUGCAGAAAGAAAAGGUCUUGCCUUCUGGGUUUGGCCCUAAUGAUGUUGGGCUGAGGUGUGCAAGUUUUGAUGGGGAUGCAGAUAGGCUUGUUUACUUUCUUGUGCAACCAGACAGUAAAGUGAUUGACCUUGUUGAUGGGGACAAGAUGCUAUCAUUAUUUGCUCUAUAUAUUAAAGAGCAAUUAGAUGUUCUCGAAGACAUUGAUUAUUUUAAAUCAUGCGAACCUUAUAAUCCACGUCUAGGCAUAGUGCAAACUGCAUAUGCUAAUGGGGCAUCAACUGAUUAUCUGAAGAACUUGAAAUUAAAUGUUGUCUUCACUCCAACUGGAGUGAAAUAUUUACAUGAAAAGGCUUCUGAAUAUGAUAUCGGUAUAUACUUUGAAGCAAAUGGCCAUGGCACCAUAUUGUUUUCUGAUAGUGUUUUAUCUUGGUUGGAGACUAAAAAUAGCGAGCUCUCUUCCUCUUCUACAGGCUCGGAAUAUAAAAAGGCUGUGUUGAGAUUAUUAGCUGCCAGUAAACUAAUCAAUCAGGCUGUUGGUGAUGCUUUGAGUGGAUUGUUAUUGGUAGAAGCCAUCUUACUACAUACAGGAUGGUCAAUUCAGAAAUGGAAUGAACUCUAUAAAGAUCUGCCUAGCAGACAGCUUAAGGUCAAGGUUGUCGACAGAACAGCUGUUGUCACUGCAAAUGCCGAGACUAUAGUUGUGCAGCCUGCUGGCAUCCAAGAUGCGAUUGACACUGCAACUGCAAAGUAUCAUCAUGGACGUUGUUUUAUCCGACCAUCAGGUACAGAGGAUGUCAUUCGAGUGUAUGCGGAAGCCACCACCCAGGAAGAGGCAGAUAAUCUAGCUAGUGAUGUAGCAAAGCUCGUAGAUCAGUACCUUGGAUUCGGAAGUUCUCAAUAAACAAAUUGACUAGCUGAUUUUUUCUGUUGCAGAAUUAGUUAUAACAUGGGAUUAGCCUGCUUGUUUGCCUCAGCCAAUCCCCUAUUUUAUAGAUCAACAUCAGAGAUCCUUUUUCUCUUGACAUGUUUAUAACUGAAAUAUUUUAUGUUCAAAGGUUUUACACAGAAAAAAGUUUUCCCCUUGAUAACAGAAGUGACAUUAACAGAUUUCCGCGAUAAUAAUGCAUUUUGCUUACAUAAAAA